AUGGACUUGCCAGAUGAGAGCCAGUGGGAUGAAACCACCUGCAAGUUGGCUGUUUGUCAGCAUCCACAGUGCUGGGCAACGAUCCGCCGGGUUGAGAGGGGCCACCCUCGAAUCCUGGGCCCUCCCUGCAAAACAGCUCUGAAUAAUGAAGACAAAUCCCCAGUGCUCACCAUUGUAAACAUCUCAGAUUCCUGCUUCCGGGCCAAGAGACUUGCUCACGGUCAUUUAUCAGGAUUUACCUUCACCAAAGCUCCCUCUUUAUUGUGUCAAGGUUCAAAGUUUGACUCCAAAUUUCAAGGCAGACCAGCUGAGAAGAAGCGCAUUGUCUCCAGCCAGGAUGGCAAAAUGAACUGUGUAGCUAAAGACCAUUUUCUCUACAGAAAGCAGAAAACGGAAACGCAGCUGGGACCUCCAAGGAUGAAUGUGCCUCCCCCCUUGCCAGUACACAUUUUUGAGCAACUAACUUCAGAGUCCAUACCUUUCUGGAACCAAUUUGACUUGGAACCAUUACCUCAGGAUCUGUUGAAGAACCUUUUGCCUGAUGAAGGGAAAGCCAGGCCUUCUCUAGAGAUGAAGACGCAAUUGGCCAUGAUGAAGAAGAAACUUGCCCUGGAGAAGAGCCGACCUGACAGUGCCAUUUCUGCAAAGAUGUUUUUAUCUGUGCACCGCCUCGCCCUGCAGAGACCAGCAUUGAGAUAUCCUGAACAUUUGAAGAAAUUGUGUUCUAACCUGAACACAGAAGGUAGAUUUUCUGGUGCUGUCAGAUCUUCAGGUCACAAGCAGCAGCAGCAGCAGCAGCAGCAGCAGCAGCAGAAGCAGCAGCAGCAGCAGAGGCUGGUGAAAACACCACCUAAGAGACAGGAGGCUAAAAAGAAACCCAAGAGCGAUCCAGGGAGCCUGAACAUUUUGCAUAAACGUUCAGGUGCCAUGGUUUAUGGCCCACGCCAUGGUCACAGAACUCUGUUGGGUUGGAAAAGUGACCAAAAGCAGCCACAGUGGAUGAAGUUAGAAGGACUCACCUUGAAGCAGGAUUCCACAGAGAGACCACAGAUGAAGAAUUAUCUGGAUUCCUUCCCCAGUAAGGAUGAUCCUGAAUUAUCUAAGACCAAACCCUCUAACAAGGACAUCAGCACUCAGGAGGACGCUGUGCUGGAAUCCCAAGAGAGGAGCCCAGAGGACCUUUCAGAUGGUACAUCUAGAACAAGGUGGAACCCUGAGCUCAAACUACUGAGGAUUCUUCAGGCCACUGACGAUGAGGAUGAGGAGAACUAG